UGUCAUAAAAUAAGAAAUUAUUAAAAGCGUAACGCAUAUGAACCUUUAUCCAACUAUAAAAUAAUAACGUCAUAUCAAACCUUACCCCAGCCAUUCUCAAACAAGCAAGAACCUUAACCAAAAAGAAAACGUCUACCGAGACUUAUGGAGAGGAAACAUCACUUCGUGUUAGUUCACAACGCUUAUCAUGGAGCCUGGAUCUGGUACAAGCUCAAGCCCCUCCUUGAGUCCGCCGGCCACCGCGUUACUGCUGUCGAACUCGCCGCCUCCGGGAUCGAUCCACGACCAAUCCAGGCCGUUGGAACCGUCGACGAAUACUCCAAACCGUUGAUCGAAACCCUCAAAUCUCUUCCAGAGAACGAACAGGUGAUUCUGGUUGGAUUCAGCUUCGGCGGCAUCAACAUUGCUCUCGCCGCCGACAUAUUCCCGGCGAAGAUUAAGGUUCUUGUGUUCCUCAACGCCUUCUUGCCCGACACAACCCAUGUGCCUUCUCAUGUUCUAGAUAAGUAUAUGGAGAUGCCUGGAGGUUUGGGAGAUUGUGAAUUUUCAUCUCAUGAAACAAGAAAUGGGACUAUGAGUUUAUUGAAGAUGGGACCAAAAUUCAUGAAGGCUCGUCUUUACCAAAAUUGUCCCAUCGAGGAUUACGAGCUGGCAAAGAUGUUGCAUAGGCAAGGGUCAUUUUUCACAGAGGAUCUAUCAAAGAAAGAAAAGUUUAGCGAGGAAGGGUAUGGUUCAGUGCAACGAGUUUACAUAAUGAGUAGUGAAGAUAAAGCCAUUCCCUGCGAUUUCAUUCGUUGGAUGAUCGACAAUUUCAACGUCUCAAAAGUCUACGAGAUCGACGGUGGAGAUCACAUGGUGAUGCUCUCCAAACCCCAACAACUAUUUGACUCUCUCUCUGCUAUUGCCGCCGAUUUUAUGUAAUAAACUAAAGUCCGUUUUACUCAUCGUUAGUAUGGGUUUAAUAAAACAAUCCCUUUUUCCCGGCAACUUUUAUCAAUAAAAUAAAACUUAUGACCUA